UAAAAUAAACGGGAAACUGGAAACUGUCAUGUGUAGCUCAGAAGUUUUUGUUAGUAUCCUCGCCAUUGUAAGAUGAGUUUUGUAGAUUUGAUGUAGGCUUUUUUAAACUUUUUUUCUGAUUCAAAAGCGAUCUUUCGGGUUGGAGUCACCCAAAAUGACAAAGAAAAAAGUUCUCAUCAUUGUCAUCGUUCUUGGAGUCCUAAGCUUCGUCUUCUUCAUUGCUGGGAUAAUAUUUUUUGCCACUGGAAAUAAAAGACCAGAAGCCAAAUCGGUAAAAACCAGUUGUGACUAUUCCGAGGAAGCUAAAAGAGUUGGGCUUCCAAAGUUGUUGCAGAAAGCGAAGGACACUUAUUUUGAGAUGCAUCCAGAAAGAUACUUCACCAAGACAGAAGGAAUCUCUGUCAAAGAAUUGAAGCAGAAAUACAAAUCUUACGACCCUUCUCCUGAAAAGAUUAAACUUCGAACCGAUACCGCGAGAAGACUCUACCAGGAAAUAAAAAACACUAAAGUAAAUUUUGAUAGGAUGAAAGAGAGAGAAAUCAAAGCUUUCUUCCAAUUAACGUUCUUCGUGAAAUUUGUAUUUUCGACCCCAUACGCAGGGAAUUAUUAUAAUGGAGACUGGAUGAUGGGGCCAGACAGUUUUUGUUAUAACCCUAUCUGUGAUAUGCCGUACUAUAUUGAAAAUAACUUGCAGAAUUUUAAACCUUCAAAUGUAAAAGACUUUGAAGAAUUGGAAGAGAAGCUGAAAGAAGUGAAUGAAACUUUCUUUCGUUACAUCGAGAAUUUAAAAUUUGGGGUAAAGGCCGGGAUGGUUGGGACGCAAGAAAGUUGUUAUGCUGGAUUGCAGGCUUUAAUUCUGAAAUAUGGGAACGUUUAUCGCAAAGGAGAGGAAGGUAUUUUUGACGAACRCUAUGUAUAUCCUCUUCUUCAACACUCAUUUCUUUCGAAAAUGCAAGAAAGCAUAGCACAGCUGUUGUUAUGGCGACAUAAGUACGAUGAAGGCGUGAGUGAUUCACUAAGAAAGUUCGUUUUGUUGUAUCUGGGAAGACCCAUUAAUACUCUGCUAAGGUACUUGGAGAAUGAAUACAAAACACACUGCGUCCCCAGUACAGUGUCCAGCGGUUUAUCAAGUCUUCCUCUGCCAUAUGUCUAUGUUAAUGGAAUASCUGACAAAACAAGACCGACCAAGCAGAGACUCCCCACGGGGGAGAGGUUGAAUGGAUCCAAAGCCUACGAGAAUAUCAUGUCCUACUUUACGACUAAUGACUUGACACCAGAUCAAGUACACGACAUUGGAGUGAAGAUGGUCAAUGAACUUUAUYCACAGGUACUCAAAAUAGCGCGCGAGGUAACUGGRCAGACCAAUGACUCUCUCGCCAAGCAGUACUUCAUACAAAGGCUGAACGAUCCCGACAUGUAUUACAAUGAUCUACCUAUACCCAAGAACGAGUCAGAUAAGAACGCGCACAAURAUUGCGUGUCUGUAAAGACAGCAGAGAAGUACUGCCCGGUAAGGUGGAAAGCGAUGAGCAAGUGGUUCUCUGAAGCGAGACAGGUCAUGUCUAUGCUAGAGGCAAAAGUAUUCAACAUGUUCUACUUCACUGGUAAAUACAAGACCACUCCAAGUUGUCCAGUUGAGCUCCAACCAGACUUCAACCCAACAAGUGGCGCGCAGAGUUACUUGUACUCUGACGCGGCGUGCGAGGGAACUUCGACUUACUUCAUACCAUUCUUCCUGGACAAGCCUGGACCGAAGUACGAGGAUUGGAGCAUCAACGCCCACGAGGUCAUGCCUGGUCAUCAUUUACAGCUUCAAGGUCAAGUUGAAAACUUCAUGGACCCCUGUAACGAUUUGAUAAGUUGGAUCCAGUACGAAACUAGUGGCUCGUACAAUGCUAUUGACGAGGGCUGGGGACUAUAUGCUGAGAAUCCUUUGAUAGCUCAAGACACUGAUCUGUACAAUGAUGAACCGCUCUACAGAUAUGGAAUGCUAAAAUGGCAGAUAUGGCGAGCUCUGCGACUGGUUGUAGACACAGGUCUACACUACAGAAACAUGACGCAACAUCAAGCAAUCCAGAAAUUCGAAGAUUUUGCUUGGGCUACAGGAGAUGUGGUUUUGAAGGAGGUUGUACGGUACCAAAGCACGCCUGGCCAAGCUACAGCAUACAUGAUAGGAAGACAAGAACUACUCAGGCUUCGACAAAAGGCCCAAAAAGAACUAGGGGCACGGUUUAAGGUCAAGGAUUUUCACUUCAAGAUACUCUCACAAGGAAGCGCCCCGUUGGAUUCCUACGAGAAGGUGAUCGACAAAUAUAUCAACUGCGUGAAAAAACCCUCAGAGUCACAAGGCUGUAAAUUGACUGAAGUAAAAUCCACGAUAAUCAAGGAUGGGAUGGUUAGAACUGGUUCUAAAAAAGGGUCGAUUCACUUUAAGAGGAAAACGAUACCUUCUUUACGAUACGUGUAAGCCACCCAGGCCCAAGGUAUCUUCAGAGCUGCCACAGGGAGCCUUUGCUGCAAAGGAUUUCCACGAGAAUUGUGGGAAACAUCUUCUCUGUGAAUGUAAAAUUCAGGGCCGUAACCAGGGGGAGCACAGGGUGCUCUUUCACUCUCCCCCCCAUAAAAGCUUAAGGUCCGCUCAUCUAUCUCCUUUUGUUUUAAAAUUGCAUGUAAAUGUUUUUCGAUUGAAUGAAGACCACUUUUCAUCUGCAUAUUUUAGAGGGUUUUUUUUGUUCUACUUUUUUUUCAUUUUGGUUCUGUUUUUUUUUUUUUUGCUACCUUUUUUUUUUUGGUUCUGCAAAUCAUUGCCUGUGCACCUCCCCUGCAAGAUCCCUGGUUACGCCACUGAAAUUGACAUUCAUCUUCGGGGUAAGCCGUAAAAUGCUAGAUCGACCCCGUGACACAGCUAAAGCUUUCUGAAUAAGAAAACGUGAAAUUGAAUGAAACAAAUGCCUAAUUUCAAAACUAUGUUUUGUCCCAGGUUAAAUAUACAGCAUCAGAUUCACCAUUUCCAUUUUGUACAGAAAAUUUAUGCAUUGAGCAUUGUCUGGCUCUUUCCUUGCAAAAUGUAAAUUCUUCGUCAAAGCUUGAAUCUUCUAAGCUGAAUUCCUUUGAUAUUCUUGGUAUGCUAUGCUUGUCAUGGUGAAGAAAACCUGAAUUAGCUGGUUGGUCGUUGAAUUUUACCUUUUCGUCUUCAAGUUUAGGCUUGUUUUCAGAUACAUUUGAAAAGUUAAUAUCAUUUUUUUGCCCUAUUAAUACUUGCCAUUCGUACCAUAGUUUUAGUCCUGAAUACAAUCCAUCUUUUAGGUACUCUUCACAAUUUCUGUUCAUCCUAAUCUUGACUUGAGUACCAGGUUCGACAAGAACUGGCUUAUAAAGUGGGAGAAAGUAACACUCCCRGUGAAAUGAAUUUCUGUGUCCAGAUGUAUGCCGUGUAUCAAUUAUAAUGUCUUUGUAAAGAGCUGAUGUGAAAUAACCAAUAAAGCCAUGAAUAUAUGUG